AUGACUGCUACUGAUUAUGACCUGUUACUGGUUGUGGUACUCCUGGUCAUCAGCCGACUUCACACAUAUCUUGUCAAAGAUAAUAAACCAACCAUCCCGGCCGUGGGAGUCCCUCCUGGCCCAUUGGGCUCAUGGAAAGCAGGACUCAGAUUUUUUAGAGAUACUUCUGCCAUUAUCCAGGAUGGAUAUGAAAAGUAUGCACCGGAUGGAAAGUCAUUCAGGAUCUCCACUCUACCAAGAUGGGUGGUAAUGGUCACAGAUGAUGCGGUGCUCAAGGAGUUGCAAAAUGCAGACGAACGGAUUAUUUCCAUGCAAGCUGCAGCAGACGAGCGAAAUUCCAUCUCAUAUAUUCUUGGCAAAUGCAUCCAUGAGAAACCAUACCAUGUGGCUAUCAUCCUGAAGAACCUCACGUAG